AUGGUUUGCUUCUUCAGCCUUGCCUUGGGGCUUUCGGCCAUUACCGCCUCGCUUGCCGCUCCGACUGCCUCUGCCACCAACACCUUCCAGAAGCGUGGUGCCAUGAACUUCGUCAUGGGUCCCGAUCACCCCCUCGCCCGUCGUAACCUCACCAGGCGAUCCGAUACGAAUUACAACCAGGACUACACGACGGGUGGCACGGUCAACUACUCGCCCGGGACAAACACAUUCUCGGUCGACUGGGAUGUCACCGAAGACUUUGUCGUUGGCGUGGGAUGGAACCCCGGAAGUGGCGCUGCCAUUACACACAGCGGUGACUUUACGGUCAGCAGCGGACUCGCAUCUCUCUCCGUUUACGGCUGGACCACCAACCCUCUUGUGGAGUACUACAUCAUCGAUGCCGAGGUCGACAUGGACCAAAGCGGCACGCAACUGGGAACACUCGAGAGCGACGGUGCGACCUACACCAUCUGGGAGAAUCAGAGAGUCAACGAGCCCUCUAUCGAAGGCACCUCAACCUUCAACCAGUACAUCUCUAUCCGAAGCGGGUCGGCUAGUAGCGGUACUGUUACUGUGCAAAACCAUUUUGAUGCGUGGGCCGGAGUCGGGCUGGAGCUGGGCACGAUGGACUUCCAGGUUAUUGCUGUCGAGAGCUGGAGCGGCGCUGGAUCUGCCACGCAGUCCGUCACCAACUAG